AUGGCGCGCGAUCAUACUAUCAGGCCUCCGCGUCGGCAUCAGGGUAAUCGCAGUAGCGCUUCUUCUCGCAGCAACCACAGUAGUCAGAUCAGUCGCACGCCCGCUUCCACCAGCAGUUCGCGGGCUUCCUCUAAUCGUGCCGCUUCUAAUGCGCCCUCUGGACCGAGCAGGCCUCGCGAACAGGUUCGAAGAGGACCUUUUCCGGACACGUCAAAGGACACGCCUUCCGAAGCUCGUGAUGAAGCCGAAGAGAAUGAUGAUACAUUGAUCGAGGUUAUCAUGGCCGUUGAUCUGACGCCGCGUGGUACGGUGGGAUGUUGUUACUAUGUUGCAAGAGACGAGAAGCUGUACUUCAUGGAAGACAUUCAGUGUGGAGAUGUUGAUGUCAUCGAAGCCCUAAGAACAUUUGUCGAGCCGACGGUGAUUCUGUUAUCGACAAAGAUUGACGACAAGGUGAUUGAGCGCUUUGAUCCAGAGGCUGCGAAUGCCGACUACGCACAUAGUGACAACGAUCAAUUUCGCCUUCCAUUCAUCUUAGAGGUGAGACCACCAAAUGAGUUCUCUUACGAAGUUGGGAAAAACAAGCUCGUCAGUCUGCGCCUAGGCCAGGAACAUGGCACUCGCGUCAGCUUCCGGAUUCCGGGAGAGAUCGUGCCCAUGGAUCACUUGGAUGGAGAGGGGACGAUAGGUCAACAAGGUCAACUGCUCCGGCUCGCAGGUUGGGUCGACCUUGAAAGUCGUUCCACAGUUGGCUGCGCCGGAGCACUCGUAUCGUAUCUUCAACGUCGACGCGCUGUUGCAUACCUUCCGGGUGACCGUGCAGCAUACUUGAUGUUCCGUAUCGCAACUUUGGAGAUGUUCAGUCUACGAGAGACGAUGUUCAUCAACGCAGACACACUUCACUCUCUACAGAUCAUGGGUGCCGAAUCCCAUCCGCAUUCGCACAACAAAGGGCCGACCAAAACCAGCUCUGGUGAAAAAGAGAGCCUGUCUGUGUAUGGUCUAUUCCACCACUUGGCGCGGACGCCGCAAGGAAGAUUCCUACUUCGGCAGCAGUUCCUUCGUCCUAGCCUCAACCUUGAUGUGGUCAACGAAAGAUUGAGCGCUCUCGAGGUCUUCACCCGCCCAGACAACGAUCCUCCGCUACAGAGUCUCGUACAAAGUUUGAAGAGUGUUGGCAACAUGCGUGUCAUGAUGGUGAAUCUGAGAAAAGGUGUGGGUGGUUCGACAAAGGGGGCUAGAGGCUUCUCCAAGAGCAUAUGGACAUCAAUCCGAGCGUUCGUAUUCUAUGCACUUAAGAUCAAGGACACGCUGUUGGAUAUAAUACGUGGAGAGACUUUGGCAAUCAGGAACAAGGUGGUUGAGCAAUUUGAAGGGUACCAUCUUGCUCAGAUCGGAAGGAGGAUCAGCGAAACCAUUGACUUGGAACGCUCGACAGAGGAAGGUCGCACCAUCAUCCUACCAGGGAUUGACGAGGAGCUGGACCAGAUGAAGCACACGUUGGAUAGUCUCGACGACUUCCUCAAUCGAGUUGCACGGAAGCUGUCCGAAAAGAUGCCUUCCGACAUCAGAGCUACGCUGAAUGUCAUCUACUUCCCGCAGAUCGGCUUUCUCUGCACUACCCCCGUUGAUCAAGUGACCGGAAACGCGGUCUAUGACGGUACUUUCGAUAGUCCUUGGGAGAGGAUGUUCUCUACCGAAGAGCAAGUCUACUUCAAGAACAGCGAAACGCGAGAAAUGGAUGAUCACUUCGGUGACGUUUACGGUAUCAUCUCGGAUCGCGAAAUUGAGAUUAGCCAUGAGCUCGCUCAAUUCUUGCUGCAAUAUGAAGAACUGUUAACAUCCUGUUCGGACAUCUGCGGAGAACUAGAUAGUCUGCUAGCCUUGGCGCAAGGCGCGAAAAUCUACAAGCUCUGUCGCCCUCGUAUGACACGCGAGAAUGUCGUACGCAUCGAAGGGGGGCGGCACAUACUGCAAGAACUUACCGUGCCAUCUUUUGUCGCGAACAAUACAUACUUGAGAGGCGGCGAGGGUGAUAGAAGCUUUGAAGAAGCCGAUGAGAGCUGCGGCACCAGGACUCAAACAUCCACCAGCUCUGCAGCUCGACAUGCAUACGACUACAAGGACAACCCAAGUAUGCUCGUCCUGACUGGACCUAACUACUCGGGCAAAAGCGUCUACCUCAAGCAAGUCGCCCUCAUCGUAUACAUGGCGCAUGUCGGAAGCUUCGUUCCUGCAGACAGCGCAAAUAUCGGACUGACAGACAAGAUCCUAUCCAGAGUUACGACCCGCGAAACAGUAUCUCGUGCCCAGAGUGCCUUCAUGAUAGAUCUCCAGCAGAUAUCACUCGCGCUGAGUCUAGCUACCCGCCGAAGCUUGCUCAUCAUAGACGAGUUUGGCAAGGGGACUGAGUCCAGUGAUGGAGCCGGUCUAGCAUGCGCAGUCAUGGAACACUUAGUGAGUUUAGGCUCAGAGCGGCCAAAAGUGAUAGGUGCCACGCAUUUCCACGAAAUAUUCGAGAUGAGCCUACUCAAACCAAGGCCUGCGCUUGCCCUCGGCCACAUGGAGGUACGCAUCGAUGUCGACGCUUCGGAAGUCAGUGAUCAAAUAACGUACCUCUACAACUUCCGCGAGGGUCGCAGCAAUUCAAGUUUCGGUACAUGCUGUGCAGCUUUGAACGGCGUUCCUCAGGAGAUCGUUCAACGUGCAGAGAAACUCAUUCUGCUUUCUAUGCGAGGUGAGGAUCUUGUGGCUGCCUGUUGUCAGAUGCCAGAAGAUGAAGUUGCGGAACUCGAAGAAGUGGAGCAAAUUGCAAGAGCCUUCCUUGAAGCAGAUUUGUACCAAGACCCAAAGGCCACCUUGGCGGACAUACUGACUGUUUCUACAAGUAUUGAUUCACGUAAAUGUGAGAAGAAGAUAGAUGGCCUCGACGACCGUCUUACCAACAUCGAAGAUGCUCUUGCCAGUAUCGCCUCCAAAUUGGAAAGCAACCAGACUCCUGCACCCUCCGGGGAGUCGGUCGGCCAGGUAAGGAGGCCGCAAAGCCGACUUUUUGACAGCAUUGUCGUUCCGGCCGUGAAGACACCUGCGCAUUUCGAAGGCAAGACUGGAAACAACACGCAGUCAGACUAUGUCAGAAAUUUGCUCGUUCAGGUAGUGGGCGAAACACCGUCAGUGGGUCAAAAUGCAGAAGUCAGAGCCGCGUUGACAGCAAUGGAGGAGUUGGUCACUCGGCACAACCAAGAUACAGCUUUAACAAUUUCACUCAACCAACCCUUGCUCGACCGCACCCUUGCAAGUGUCGAUAGCGAAACGCUGGAACGGCCGCCUUGGGAGACUGUGACGUCUGUUUUAGAUAAAGCUUUGAAAGCACCGAACUUGAUGUUUGCUAAUCUUUCCUCAAUGCUGAAGUUGGAGACAUUAUGUGAGAUCAUCGAGGAUGCAUAUUUUCAUCCAGCCACAUGCGGCACUGCGCGUCGUCUUCUAGCGUACGGUGUGCUUUUCAACCUCUUCACAUGGUUUUCAAUGACGCCAUGGAGUGGUAUCGAUAGGAAAACCUUGAUAGAAUAUGCUCUAUUGGCCAAAAAACAUACGGAAAUUGCCUUGAGUCAACUCGGCAUGUUCUAUUCUGCGACCUAUGAGAAUGCUGUAGCUCUUUGUGUGGGUACAGCCUGCGCGAUUCAGCAGUGUAGGCCCUCGCUUGCCUGGGUUCUAGUCUCCAACGCCGCCGAAUUAUGCCAGAAUCUAGGCUACCACCGAUUCGAAACGAUGAAAUAUGAUACAAAACAAGAACAGAGAUUCAAGAUGCACAUUUUCUGGUUUGUGUGCAUGUUUGAAAAGCAAUUGUCACUGCGCUUAGGCCGCGUGAGUCGAAUCCAUGAUUGGGAUGUAUCGUUACCUCUUCUCGCUAUGAGGGAGACAGCGCCCAAUGGCUUUAAAGGAGGCGACAAGUUGAUUUACUGGGUCAAGGUGGCUAAGGUCUCGGGGCAGAUCUACGAAAAACUUUACAGUCCAGUUGCGUUCCGCAAGCCGUCCGAAGAGCGAUCCCGGACCGCCGCUGCUCUCGUAGAAGCGAUGAACAAGGCUUGGAUUGAACGAGGACAAGGAAGCAUCAUGGAUAUGAAGAAGAAUCUGAGCUUAAACGAGACCGAAGUGCCGUCCAAGCGCAGGAAACUUCGGCAUGAAAGCCAAGUCGCUUUGGAGCCCGAUACGGAUACGCAUAUUGUUUCCAGUCGCUUGGAGAGCGUCUUCCUCUACGCCGACGUUGUAGUGCACUACUCGACCUGCGCACUCAUACAGCGAGCAACAAGUUUGGACAACAGCACCUUCAGCCAAGAAUGUCUUGAAUCUUCCCGAGCUGCGCUUACAGCACAUAUGCGAAGUAAUGCUAGAUUUAACACUGGUGAGAAGACAGAGUUAUGGGCAGGAUACGUUCAAUGGUCAAUCCUCCAGGCUCCACUCACCCCGUUUAUGGUCUUGUUCAGCAAUGCGAUACAGCAAACUGAUCCCACAGAUCUGAAGUCUCUUGCAGACUUCGUCACAAGUCUCGAGUCGUGUCGAGAAUUCUCUGCAGGCGCAGAAAAGCUGUACAAGAUGUGUCUCCUCUUCUCGAAAGUUGCUGGCUUCUACAUCCAGGCAAAGAUUCAAGAGCGUCAGAAUGCCCAGAUGCCAUCGUCCUCGGGCUCGGAACAAGGAUACACUGAUGCGAUAAAUGCAGACGCCCCAAUCGACCUUGAUACCAUUGCACAAUUUGGUCCGCACCUGAGCGCUCUUGGCUUCGUGUCUGAUCCCAUGUGGUCGACGGCGGAACAUGCGGCAGGUAUGGCAACCAAGGGACAAGAAUUCUACAUCCCCGAAUUCGAGGUUAACAACGCAUCAGGAUCUGAUGAAUCAGGCACGCGCUAUGACACCGGAUGUGUGAGCCAUAAUUCGAUUCAAGACUGGUUUGCGGGGUCACGAUAUUUGAAUGGUUUUAUCGAUACGGGGAUUGACAUGCAGAUGCCAGAAUUCAGCUUUGUAUGA